CACUCGCAGGCUGCAGAGUCACAGCUCCUACACUGUGCUCCAUCGCAGCCAUGGUUUUCACCAAACUGCUCACUGCGUUGGUACUGCUCUGUUACACCGCAGGUGUGAAGGGAGCUGAGAUGAAGAGCUCCAUCAUCGGUGGUCAUAAUGCCAAAAAGGGCAGGUGGCCGUGGAUGGUUCAUCUCAACAUCACAACUGCUGACGGGACGAAAAGGUGGCGCUGUGGCGGUGCCCUCCUCAACCACCAGUGGGUGGUGACCGCCGCACACUGCUUAGAUAAGGACCCUAAGCCAGACAUGAAGCAAGUAGGGGUUUGGAUCGGCUCCUACCAGCUGAAAAAGGGGGCUGAGCGUUACCGUACUCCGGUCUAUCCCGUCUACCCCCCUGAUCAUCUAUAUCGGGACACGGGCAACGGCUACGAAAACGACAUUGUUCUGCUCAAGCUGAACAAAAAGGUGGAAUACUCAGAGAACAUUGCUCCGAUUAGUCUGCCUGUGAACGACCGCCCCAUUGCUCCAUCGUCUAUUUGUUGGAUCACCGGCUGGGGCCAGAUCGGGAAUGGUGUUCCCCUCCCAGACCCGGAAACCCUGAAACAGCUGAAGGUGUCCAUCAUAUCGAAGGAUCGCUGUAAGGCAGCAUACCCAAACCUGACCUCUGAGAUACUGUGUGCUGGGGAUGGAGCUGGAAACGAGGGCGCAUGCAAUGGGGACUACGGUGGCCCGCUGGUCUGUCGUGGACCCACGGGCCAUACCUUGGUCGGAGUCAUGAGUUACGGGGGUCCUGGUGGUUGCAGUGGUCCAGGGCGCCCUGUCGCCUACGCUCAGGUGUCCAAGUAUCUGUACUUCAUCGACUAUUACAUCAACCUGCCUGGUGAAGCCUCAGCUGAUGUCUGAACCUCCAAAAUGAUGAAACUGCUCAUUCUACUCACCUGAUAACCUGCCUUACUCUUCAUGGCUACACCGAUCAGGCAUAACAUUAUGACCACUGACAGGAGAAGUGACCAACAUUGACCAUCUUGUGACAAUACAAUAUUCUGCUGGGAAACUUUUGGACCUGGCAUUCUUGUAGAUGUUACCCCAUAGCAACACUCCUUGAUCCAACAUAGCAGCACGUAGCAAGGUGGUCAUAAUGUCAUGGUUAAAUCGUAAUAAUUUCUUUGCAUUAAAGAUUUCAAGCAUCACUUUUUGGGUUUUUUUUUUUUUUUUUGCAUGCUAUAAACACCCAGAUGAAAAAAAG